GUCCUUUAGGCGUUGAGGCAUGCACCGCGACCUACGCACACCACUCUCUUGCAGGCAUCCGGUGAGGUGCAGUAGUGCCGUAGAAUAUGUUAGGCCCCGAAGCAGCGGUUCGCGAUGCACAUCCUUCGUUGCUCCUCCGACUCGUCUUCGGAUCCGCUUCCAGGUCUGGGGCCUCAUUAUCGACGGGCAGUGGCAGCAGCAGCGAAGUGGAUAUCCUCGCUGUGCGCAGACGGCUUCAAUUCACCAUCAUCGUCACCGUAGCUCUUUCUUCUCUCGCUACCGCCGGCGGCGUCCUGGCUUACCAGCGUCUCAUUCGCUCAUACAGGCGGCACGAUCUCGAAGAUUCGGCACAAGGACGUGGACAUGCAGGCAAAUAUGGCCAAUCUCGACGAGGGAAAGGAGACGAGACUGAUUCGCUCAGGGGAAAAAGUCGGCUGCUCGACUGUGGAAGUCCCGCUGGCUUGCCUUCUGAUGGCGCAAAUACACCGCGCACUCGCACUAUGUCGGCAGUAGACGUGCUCGGCGACCUGGCAUCCUUGGAUAGCGCAACUCCGGACAGCAGCACUGCCAGCCCAGCGCCGCGCUAUCUCGGCACCCUGACAGCUUCUAUGCCAGGCCCUGAUGCUUACCGCAAUAUGAACCUACGACGCAAGCAGAGCCGUCCUGCGAUGAAAUGGGACGAGACCCUCCUACGCGAGCAGCUCACACGCAACUAUAGCUUUCUAGGCGAAGAGGGCAUGGCUCGUGUACGCAACUCGUUUGUCAUCGUCGUCGGUGCCGGAGGCGUGGGCUCAUGGGCUGCGCUCAUGCUCCUCCGUUCCGGCGUUUCACAUCUCCGCAUCAUCGAUUUUGAUCAAGUCUCACUUUCCAGUCUGAACCGACACGCGUGCGCAACACUAGCAGACGUCGGCAGACCGAAGGUCGUGUGUCUCGCCGAAUACUUUGCCAAGGUUGCGCCAUGGGCCAAGGUGGAGGCAUGGGUGGAUGUCUUCAAAGCUGACGACGCGGAUCGGCUGCUGCAAGGCGACCCAGACUGGGUCAUUGAUGCGAUCGACUCGAUCGACCCAAAGAUCGACCUGAUCAAGUAUUGCUUUCAACACAAUAUCAAAAUUCUCGCCUCCAUGGGUGCAGGCGGUAAAGCAGACCCCAGCAGAGUGCAAAUCAGCGACAUUUCUGAUACGUUUGAGGAUCCUCUCGCCGCCUCGGUCCGCCGGAGGUUGCGCGCUUUCGGCAUUCCUCCUUUGCCGCCCAAACAACAUCACUGGGCCCCUAGCAAGAAGGAGUUGAGGAGAGUAAGGAAGGCCCAGGCAGAGCAGACCCAGGCAGAGCAGACCCAGGCAGAGCAGACCCAGGCAGAGCAGACCCAGGCAGAGCAGACCCAGGCAGAGCAGACCCAGCGGAAGCCGGGGGAGAAUGGAAACCUUGGAAAGAAUAGUGCCAGCCUUACCAGGCGCGCAACGAAUGCCACCAUCACAACUGAGAAGUUCGCGAACGCACUAGCGCAGACGACAAGCGCACCCAACGCCCCCGCCAAUGCAAGCUCGAACGCGAAUCCUGGCGCAGCUGCCAGCAUGCCUCCUCCACAGACGCCGCAAAGUUCAUCUUCACGCACAGGCCCGUCUGCACGAAGGCACUCUCGUCGCCCAUCUUCGACAUCUUCUCUCGGCUCAGGCGUCUACUCGACGCCCCUCUCGACCCCGAAAUUGGAGGCCGACGAUGAAUCGUUCGAUGCUGCAGGCGCCGGUCCUCUGUCACCGCUGGAAGACGUGUUGGAAGGCUCAGAAAGCGAGCAUCGGUAUACUCCGCAACAAGGCUCAGAAAGUUUAGGCGAUGCCACCGUUAGCAUCGUUGGAGCACCAGAGAGCAUGGAUGGAACGAGACCGUACGCGGAGGGCGAUGGUUUGCAGGAGGUGGUGCCCGAGUCGGAAGCCGACAAGCUUGAGAUAACUUCCGAUGGCGAAGGUUCUGCGCCAGGUGCGACCGGAGGCACGGAUGGAGCGCCUGGCGAGGAAGGAGAGGCUGAGCCGAUGAUGAUGAUUCCUUGUGUGUACUCGACGGAAAAGUCCGACGUCACGCUUCUUCCUCUCCCCGAUGACGAAUUUGAAAAGGGCAAGGUCGACGAACUCAGUCCGCUCGAGCAGAUGCGCGUGCGGAUCUUGCCUGUUCUGGGAUCCAUGCCCGCCAUGUUCGGCCUGGCUGCUGCAACUUACGUCAUCUGUCAAAUUGGCGGGCAUAAGAUCGAGCCUUUGGCGCACAAGCGGAGGCGGAAACUUUACGACAAGAUCUACUCGGACCUGGACCACAGCGAACGCCGCCAUCCUCCUUUCCGCACCGCGUCGGAUGCGCCCCCGCCCCUGUUGUUCAAUGCCAACGACAUUGCUUUCCUCUUCGAAGAGAUCUUUGCCGGCCGGACGAUCGUGCCUCCGUUCGAGAGCCUGUCUCAUGCACAGAUGAUGCGCUGGGACGCGUCUCUACCGUUAUCGUGGAGCAACAUUGCGCUCUUCUCGCGCACGCAGGCAAAGAUCCAUGAAAAAGAGGUGCUUGCACAGGGCAAGAGUCCACAUGCUAUUUGGGGCGAGGGCGCUGCGAAGCGACUGCGCGUGUGUCAGGCGCGAGAGCGCUAUCUACGCGAAAUCCGCGAGAUGUAAUGCCAUGCUGUGAUAAUUUACAUCGGAUAGGAUCCAGUGAGCCG